AGGAUGAUAUGCUUAGGCAGAGUGGACCCUACUACCCAGGUUGUGCUCCAGUCCACGCAGGACAGGUCAAGAGCCAGCUAGCGAGUUAACUUUAUAGCUAACUUGCUAGCUCUUUUGCCUAUGGUUGCGCCAUUAUGUAGACCACAGUACUGGACGUUGCUCAGCAUUAAGCACCUUUUCUGAGAUCUGUAAUAUCGUUUGCCUGUCUUCCCGAGAUGGCGGAGACUGUGGCCAGCGCCCCUGGACGAGUGACGGUCUACUCCAUCACAGGCUGUCCCCACUGUGUGCAGGCCAAGGCCAGUCUGGGCCGACUGGGUGUGCCUGUGUGGGAUGUGGACAUGGGGAGACACCCAGAGCUGAGGGUCAAAGUGAAAGAGCUGACUGGACGAAGCACUGUACCUCAGAUCUUCUUCAACAGCGUCCACGUCGGAGGGAAUGACCAACUACAGAAACUAACACCAGAGGAGUUGGCACGGCUGGUGCGUUUGGUGAAGGAAGAGCCUGUUCCAGCAGAUGCCCCGCCCAUUCCUGAGAACCACUCAGACGUUUCAGAAGAACCUGUAGAAGCUGAUGAAGAAUUUGAGUGUGAGAAGGACCCAUUAGCUAACAUGGUAGUGGAGCUCAAGCGGAGUGAUGUUAUUGGCAGUCAGAGGAAGGGGCUGAGCUUGUACAAAAACAGUUUCUCUGGAGCUCAGCUGAUUGGCUGGCUACAGAAGGAGAGGGGCAUGGCUACGGCUGAGGCCCGUGAGACUGGUCAGGUCCUGCUGGAGAAGAAGUACAUGGUCGCUGUGUCUGGGUGUGGGAAGGGGGAGUUUGCAGGGAGCGACUCACUGUACAGGCUAAUGGAGCAUGACCCCCACUCAGCCCUCAACACAGGACAGACAGCCACCUGCAAGCCACUCCAGGCUGCGGAACUGUCAACCAUCCUUAGGGAAAUGAUUCUGAAGCUGUUCUCUGAACACCUGUCUGCUGACGGAAAGUGUGUGGACUACAAGGCCAUGUCUCUCAGCCCGGUGUUUGAGCGCUACUGCGAUCUAGCCGUGCAGCUUCAGAGGGUGGAGCUGCUGUCUCUGAGCAGGGAGGAAAAGCUAGCCUUCUUUAUCAACACUUACAACGCCCUGGUCAUCCACGGACACCUUCGACUCGGCGCCCCCACCAACAUGUGGCAAAGAUACAGGUUCUUCAACUAUGUGAGCUACCUGAUUGGAGGGGAGGUGUUUACCCUGCAGGACAUUGAGAACGGAGUGUUGAGGGGGAACAGAAAGGGUGUCGCACAGCUCCUCAGGCCUUUUUCCAAGACUGAUCCUCGUUUGCAGGUGGCUCUCCCAGACGCAGAACCCCUCAUCCACUUUGCUCUAAACUGUGGAGCGAAGGGCUGCCCACCCAUCAAAACCUACACUCCCCAGGACAUCGACAGUCAGCUGCGCACGGCGGCCGAAGCCUUCCUGGAGAACGAUGACGCCUGUGUGGUGGAUUCUGGGAAAGGAGAAGUGCGACUCAGCCAGAUCUUCAAGUGGUACAAGGCCGACUUUGGAGGCACGGACGAGAAGCUACUGAACUGGGUCCUGGAGCACAUGAGUGAGUCUCCUAAGAAGUCCAGCCUGCAGAGUGUUGUCACUGGUGGGAAGGUCCGGCUCAGCUAUCUGCCCUAUGACUGGAGCACUAACAGCUCCCACUGAGAGAAACCAACCAAACCAAGAACUUCCACCGAUCUUCUCUGUCUUCUGUACAGAAGAACAACUCCGGUUUUCUUGAGGCCAUACUAAUAUAUUGUUCUCUUAUGACCAGUUAUAGUAUGGUGAGGUG